AUGGGUAGGAAAAGAAAGGGUGUGCAAACGGCGGAAGAAGAAGAAACAAUGGGUUGGGAUGAGAUGGUGAAACAAGCCGCCGGACUCGGAGGCGUUAGGAGAACCAGGAAGCGAUUCGUGGGCGUGAGGCAAAGGCCGUCGGGUCGAUGGGUGGCGGAGAUCAAAGACACGAUACAGAAGAUAAGGGUUUGGUUAGGCACUUUCGACACGGCGGAGGAAGCGGCGAGGGCCUAUGACGAAGCCGCUUGCCUGCUUCGCGGUGCGAAUACGAGGACGAAUUUUUGGCCUUGUUCUUCGACGUCAAUCAAAUCGACACCGGCGCUUUCUUCCAAGAUCAGUAAUCACCUUCUUCAGAGGAUCAAAGCUAACAAUAAUUCGUGUUUUCCGUUGCCACUUUCAGCUCCUGUUACUAUCAGCCAGCAGCAGCAGCAGCCAUUGUUGCAGCAGGUCGAGGAAACUCAUGGUUUCCUGGACGAUCUUCUCGAGGAUUUCCCGACGUCGAGUGACGUUAAUCUCAGUGCAACGAGUGUUGGGGAAUCGUGUUUGAGUUCCGGUGAUGAACAUUGUUCCAUGAGAGAAGCGGAAGCAUUGGAUUUCAGGUUCCUGAAUGAGAUUGGGUUGGAGUCGUCUUGCCACUUUUCUCCUUUCCAGAUUGCGGAAGAGCUUCAAGUAGCAACAAUGACGGAUGAGGAGUCGAUGAUAUGGUACGAGAGGAAAUUCUCGGCUUCACUUUACGCCUUCAAUGGGAUCCCGGAGCUGUUGAAAAGAAAGGUGGGAUCAGAAGGUGGCAUGGCCGGGGAACCAAGAUCAGACCAAUUAACAAAGCUUUCCAAUGCAUGCAAAGAGAAGAGGAUGAGAGAAGAUCAUUCUGAAACGAUUAGGGGAAAACAAGAGGAAAGCCACCAAAGCUCAUUCGAUUCUUCCAGUGGGAAUUACGAUGGCGAAUCUCUUUGGAGCUCACUUGAUCUUCCACCCAUUGUUGCUUUGUUAACCAACUAA